GGUAUUUAUUUUCCUCGUUUUUAAAAGUACGUUAUGGUACGGCAAAUACUCUUUUCUCGUGUCUUCAACUUCCGGUGAAAUGUCAAACGAUGAAAUGAUCUGUACUGUUUAAAGAUGUCCUGGGCAAAUAAUCUUCCAGAGGAGUUGCUGUGUCGGCCAACAGGUCUUGUUAUAUUAACUGGACUUGAUGUUACAUACAAUGCUGUACAUAAGUCAAUAUGGGACUCAUUCUGCAAUAACCGACGUCCAGAUCGUGUACCAUUGCAGUUCCAGGUUGUCCCUGGAGAUCACGAGUAUCCAAAAUGUAGAACUAAUAAGAGACAUUGCUACUGGGAAAGGGACAAAGGGAUCGUCGUGCUGAUACCCGAAGAAAACACCACUCCCCCUGGGGAGGAUGUCGUAGCGGGAGAAAGGGCGGCCUCACUGUGCAGUGCUUGUGAUCUGUCGGCCAAAAACCUGUAUGUCCUACCACAGACAGACCAUCUGAUUGGAUAUACUAUAAGGUUAGAGAAUGCCUUCUAUGAGUUGUCCCAGGGAUAUUAUCAUGGUGAGGCAAGGAGGGGAAAAACCACAAAAGAUUUCCCCAAAAAAACCACUCAUAGGGAUAAAUUUCAAAAACUUAUUUUUGUUUUAGCUUCUGUUUGUAAACACCAGUUCAAAUUUGCCCUUUUUUCAAUUUAGAUGAAACAAGGAUACCCCACAGCAAAAAAACAUUAUAAGCAAGCCUAUGGUCAUAUACUGGAGUUGAGAAUGCAUGACACAAACAUGUUGGAGAUUAAAUCUAUAGCAGGAUUUAUAAAUUACAAGAUUUGUAGAUUGUCAUUCCAACACAAUGCACCACUAGAUGGUAUAGCCCAGUUCAGAAAGCAUAUAGAUUUCUUCAAGAGUAAGAUAGGAAUAGCUGACCUGGCAUUUGAACACAGUGCUUGGAUGUCAAAACAAUUCCAGGUAUUUGGUGAUUUAUUUGAUGAGGCUAUCAAGUUGGGACUGACAGCUAUACAAACACAGCACCCAGGUUUCUACUACCAGCAAGCAGCUAAUCAUGCUAUAGCCAGAAAACAGCUCUGCAGAGGAUUGUGUAAGGCGGUAGUCAGUCGGUGUAUGAUAGCGGUAAUAGCGACCCCCGUUUUUAUGUGGCUGAUAAUUCCUUUAUUAAACAGUGCUGUUGCCCAGUUCAAGAAAUACAAGUCCCUGAGAAUGAAAAGAUACCUCAUGGUACAGAUGGGACAAGAAUACUUCCAUGCUAAAGAUUACCAAAGGUCACUUAUGUUAUUGAGUAAGGUGACGUGGGACUAUCGAGGCGAGAGAUGGUGGCCUUUACUCACAUCUAUACUGACAACAUCACUGAAGUGUGCCUAUCUAACAGGGAAAGUACAGGACUAUGUCAUCAACUGUGUCGAACUGAUUGGUCCUUAUACCACAUGUUCAGCUGAUGAAAAGACAAGGAUUCAAAUGAAUUUAUUGCGGGUUAUGUCAAAUGAUGCUCCUGAAGCUGAAACAGGUCUAGAAACAGCUUGUGUGGACAAAGCCAGACACCUGUGGAAUCCAGUUAUAGAACCCUGUGUAUUCAAUGUGGAAAUGCAGAAUAUUGUGCCCUGUGUUGAAUGUAAAGCCAGGUUCACAAGUGCAACAGUGGCUGCUGACCAGGAGGUAGAGGUAGAAGUGUAUCUCAGGGUCAGAUGUCCUUUUCCAGUCAGGUUCUCAAAAGUCAGCAUCUCCCUUAACAAUCCUAUGUAUAACCAGUACCUAGAGGUGAUAGAUGGACAUGGAAUAUCUGCUGCUUCAGAGUCCGAGAGUAAAGAGGGAAAUUUAUACCUGGUACCAGGCACUCCAAGAUGCUACAAGUUUUCCUUCCUACCUGUUCAAGAGGAUGUUGGGAGCCAGCUUGAGAUUACUGGUGUAUGUGUAGUGAUGGGAUCAGAGACUGCACGGUGUGCUGUGAUGACCUGGGUUGGAGCUGGGGGUGAUGCUGUGACCCCAAUACAAACUGCAUUGACCCUAUUGCCUAGGAAACAAGGAAAGCAUACCAUUGAAUGGGACCAGAUCGAGAUUGAUCCAUCAACAAAAAUUGUGUCAAGACCAGCCAAACUGGACAUAGCUCACAACCAUGAAGCUCCUAGUCUCCAGAAUGAAUUCUACUUGAUACAAGUCACAGUUACAAACUGGGAGGAAGUCCCCAUUAGUAAUGUUGUGGUGUCCAACAUGUCUAGUCAGGUUGACAGAAGUGGAAGAUGGUCUGAUGGUACAAUGAUUGUAAAAUGUUCUGUGGAUUCAUAUGAUGAGAAUGCCAGUGUUGAUCUAUUGUCAGUUAAUAUACCAGAGAGGGAGGAGUCGGACAAAUCUACACAUUUGAGUUUUGGCCAUGCAGAGUUUGAUGGACGAGUUGUUUCCCAGCUUUCCUAUAUUGAUCUGGGAACCAUGCAGAAAGAUGAUGUACAAAGCAAGUCUAUAUUUGUAAAAUGUCUGCAGACUGGUUCUAAACAUAUAACAUUCCAGGUAGAGUACAAUAUAGAUGUAUCUGUGAAUGACCAUGUGAUACCGUGUGCCUGUGUGAAGACAGAAAUGAUAAACUUGUCCACUGUCAGUGCAUUUGAAGUGUCUGUAAAACUGAUGAAUAUGAAGUUUGAAACUAUAGAGGCAAUUCAAGCAGAAGAGCCAUUCCUGUUGAUGCCUGAACUGAAAUGUACCUCACCAUGGGCAGUUGAUAUUCAAGACAGUGAUCUACAACUGACUGCAUGUAUAGAGAAAGCAGAUGAGACACAGUCACAGUUACAUGGAGUAUGUUUGAAGAAGAGUGAGUGUGCGGCUGAAUGCUUCUGUCUGACCUCGAUGAACACGGUACAAACAUCUGUGUCACUUGGAAGCUAUGUGCUUCACUGGAAGAGGCACAAGGAUGAAAGUAUAACCUUAGAUCAUCCUUCAGUGACAACUCUUUUCUCGCUACCUACUGUCAGUAUAGAGCACAUUCCACUUUCCAUAGAGCUCAAACUUCCAGCCUACGGCAGCAUGAAGUGUUUGCUACCAGUGUGUUAUAUUGUACACAAUCGUACAGGAUACCCCCAGGAAGUGGAGGUCAACAUGGAAGCCAGUGAUUCUUUCAUGUUUUCUGGGAACAAACAGGUUCACUUCAGGCUUCUACCAGGCAAACCCUAUGAAAUGACCUAUAACCUGUUUCCAUUGGUUGCUGGUCAUGUGGCCCUUCCCAAGAUGCAUCUAAACAUGUUGAGGUAUCCUGGGACAAUGGACCCCAUUGUACAGAAAAUGUUACCCACUCACAUCUUUAUCAAGCCUCUUGGUAAAGUGCCACCUGGUGAGAGGUAAACCAGUUCACAUUUUGACGGUCCAAGUCAUCGAUUUGAUUGCAAAGAUUGGUAUGGAUUCUAGUGAUUUCAGACUAAUUGGAAUACAACUAUUGCUUCUUGUGGGUUGAACUAUUUUGUUUCAAUACACGGGCCUGUGACAGAAUUGAAAUUUUAAUGUAGAUAUUCACCCCAGGAGUAUGAAAUGUUCAGACAAUUUCUAGUGUUAUCUUGUAUCCUAAUAUCUGAUGACUAUUUGUACAAAAAAUGUGGAUUUGCAGUAUUUAAACAAUUUAUUACAAAGCAAGACAAGUUUUUUACAUCACAUGUAAACAUCAUAGAUUUCUACUUAUUUUCAAAUCUUAUACCAGGUUUAUACUUGAAGAACUUCUAAUGAAGGCAAGUGUCCAUUUUUUGCCCGCAUAGUUACCAUUUGCUUCAUUAUUUGUUUGUCCUAAAGACACCCAGGGAUUACUACGGUUUCUCAGUUUCUAUAAGACUUGAAAGGAGCCAGUAAAAAGUUGGGGCUGAAUGUGAAAGAGAAAUUAAGGCAUUGAAUUUAUAGGACUUGAUUUACUACAAGUUUUUUUUAACUGUGAUUCCCCUGACUCAGUUUUCUUCCUGUGAAACCAUGUAAAGCAGCUGUAAUACAUGUACUUUAAAUUCUGCAUAUUCCAUCCGAAAGUUAUGGGAAAAUGUAAAUUACAAAAAUAUUAAUUUUAGUCACCUUGCAAAAAGUUGACUUAAGACCAAGAUUUUAUUCUUUGUUAUCCAGUAAUGACAUGACUUUCUAUGUCACUAAUGCGCAGAACUACCUUAAAUUGCUGAUCUUCAUGGUAUAUCUGGUCUGUUUAGAUGGAACUUUUAUUUGUGAGUUUAGUUAAAACACAUGCUUUUUAUUGUCAAAUUCAGCCUUUUACUUCUUAUUUAUGUUUUGUCAGAUUCAAUAUUAUAUAUGUUUAUGAAAAAUUGUUAUGUUUAAGUUAGAAAGAAAAUCAUGUGUAUCCAUUUGAAAUAUAAUGACCACUGUGAACUGAUUUUUUUUGUUGUUGUUGUCUGAAAAUAUGAAAUAUAAAUACAUUGCUUCCAGGAAUUAGACUGUAUGACACAGAUUCAUAUUUAUAAUAUCAUUUUGUUUUAAAGCCACAAAUGCUUUCUUUUAAAUGAGUAGAAUGAGAAACAAUUGGUGAGAACAUUGGCAGUAUAUACCAUUUUGUCUUUAAUGCUAAUACAUAUAUCGUACUAAUUCAUUAAAGUCGUAGCAAUUGAUACAGAAUGGGAAGAAUUGUAGAAAAAUUCAGUGAGAAAAAUUGGCAGUAUUUUUGGUUGAGCCAUGUAAGAUAUUCUUCAUUAACAUGUUUGACCAUUAAUAUUGUUAUGUGUAAUACAUGAAUUCUUCUUUCAGAGACAUAGAUCAGUUUUGAUUGUGUCAAUUUACACAUGAUAGAACAGUAAUACUUGUUAGUGGCUAUGUUAAUUUGAUGCAUAAAAUAUUCUAUGUAACUGGUUAUGUGCAAUACAAUCGUGAUUUGGAAAAUAAUAAAGUAUAUUGUGUCAAA